UUUCAAGCAAUUGUGGAACUGAUGUGCACUAUAUAAAACUAUAGAAUUCGUUUACAAGAUAACAUCGUUAGUAGCAGGCAGAAACACGGAUUCGGUAAAGUUGGACGAUGAUUCAGCAUGCAGGAAUCUUUGGUUAGCAUUCAUCGCGGAUACAUCCAUCGCACACGUAUUACAAUAAUGCGACGCGUUUACUCGGUUAAAUCGACUCGAACCUGCAACAUGGAAGAAUUGAGAUACGGAUUUCUGAUUUUCUGUUUAAUCAGCAGCAUGUACGGUGGGCUGGCUGAUGUGCACACGGACUGCAGUAAACAGAAUUCAACAACAUCAAACGAUGCAGUUACUCCAACUACGCAGUCUACGCCAUAUCCUUUUCGAGCAGAUUUGCUUACGGUGGAAGAGUGCAACCUCUACCAGCAAUUCCAGGAGGAGAAUUCCACGUGUUCGAUGAUUUUUAGCUUCGAUACGUGUGUCGUGGAUAACGAACAUCCUCGUAAAGAACAAAUGGGAGCCACAUACGUGCAAAUACUGUGUAUAUACCAGCCUCGUGCACUGAUCGCUAAUACCACUAAGCACGUCCGGGAAAUCAGCCCGCUGCGUGCCGUACUCCUGAACCUGUAUGAGUGGAAAGACGAAGAAGAUCCAGUUACUUUUGAUGUAGUUGAACCCGUUCAAAAUCAAAUAAUUGACCUGUGCAUUCUCGAUUGUCGAUACCCGAAUACUACCGCCAAAGUGUACGAGCUCGGCACUUUUCCCUAUCUUUACAGUUUCGCUCUCAAUGGCUGCGCCAAUAUGACGAUUCAGAAGAAGCAUUUUAGCCGAAUGCCGCAAUUACGGAUGAUCGCCUUCUAUAUGUCCACGAUUGAGACGCUGGAGCCGGGUACUUUUACGGAUUUGCCUCUUUUGCGCAGCCUGAUACUGGAGAGAUUUUUCGGCAUGGUGUUAGCAACUGAAAAUGAUCCAAGCCAAGCUGCCAUGUACAGUCAUAUAGGCACCGAAGACUAUCUUGACCGACUGUACACUCUGCACUGUGACUGCUCGUUUGCCUGGUUACGCAAUUUCUUGAAGCGGAAACCAUAUCUAAUUGAAGCAAAGGUGCCGGGUGAAGUGUUCAUCGUCGGAAACUAUUUGUCAGAAGGAGUUGAACGAACUGGGAAUGGUACGGAUGUCUUCAGCGUGGACUGUUCCAGAAAAAUCACCUUGGAAAAUGUUUGGACAGGCAGUGAAUUUUCGUAUAAUACAACUGACUGUGACGUGGCCUGUUGAUCUAAGCGCUUAAUUACGAUUUUGUCUCCUCCCGUGGUUGUUUGUGGGAAGAAAAUUUUGCGAUAGUGUGCUUACAAGUUGCUUGCAGUCGCUUUGGACUCCGUAGCUUUGCAAUGUUACUAACCAAAACGACCUAAUUAAGGACGUAAGAGCAAAAGAGCAAAAGUAAAAAGCUAAUA